CGUCCUAAGCUCUCUGAACGUCGCCAUGCCCUACAGAAUCGAGUAGAAGCUUCGGAUGACCUAAGGACUGUCAUACGUUCUGUUGAAUCAGUAUUAGAGAAUGUGAACUCUAGGGCGCCAGGGUCUACCGCAAAAAUCGAUCGAGGUAGAUAUAAUGCUGUGAUCUAAUGCAGGACUUUGGCUAAUCUUGAAAGUUCUUGAAUGGGUCCAUUCAUCUCCUGCAAUACCACAAAACAUCUCUGCUGCCCCCUCUUCUACAGUACCUACGGCAAUCCCAUCAACUAGUCACCAACUAGAAGGCGAAGAUCGGCCACCAUCUGAUAUCCCCGGUUUCAGGGAUGGCAGAAACUGUCGUUGCUGUGAGCAUGACUCUGCUAUGAGGAAACCUGUGCCAGAGUCGAAACUUGAGCAACUGCAAAAACUCCGAGGCAAGAUGAAUAAGCUCUGUGACACCUGGAAGAUUUGGGGGUGGAUCGAUGGCGACUUCAACGAAUACCUUCUGCCCUUGGAAAAGCUCUGCUGUGAAGCGAUGUGUAUUACAGCCCGGUCCGGCCAAGCAUUUCUCGUCACUUCCUGUGCGAUUCAGGCAGCAUUGGAUCUUUGCAGGCUCCUCGUUUCUCAGAUCAAUACCCAGUUGUUCACGAUUGUUGAACCCAGAGAACCAACGCCGUACUAUCUAUCCAUUCAUAGACUGAGUAAGAUCGUUGCAUCCUAUGGUCAAUGGUACAUCCAUGUCGGGGCAGAUGCCGCCAAAGAUGAGGAAGAUCUCUACUAUUCCGAAGACUACAAUUUUGAGCAUGCACUGGAAGCGGCGGUUGUUCUAGGCAAAAUCGACGAGUUGAAAGUACGCUAUUACCCGCACUGGGUAUAA